AGUUCCAACUGGGUAUCAUUUCUCUUCCGAACUUCUGUCCCUAAUCACGAACUGAGCUGAAAACUUGCAAGGUCGCAAAAGAGACCGGUGAAUCGCCGAUCAAAUCGACGGUAUCGGAAGAUGGGAACCCUAGGGAAGGCCAUUUACACCGUCGGAUUCUGGAUUCGUGAGUCCGGCCAGGCUCUUGAUCGCCUCGGCUUGCGCCUCCAAGGGAACUACUACUGCCGGGAGGAACUGUCCAGGCAUCGAACUAUCAUGAACAUAUUUAAUAAAGCUCCUGUGGUUGACAAAGAUGCAUUCGUGGCCCCUUGUGCCUCUGUCAUUGGGGAUGUUCAAGUGGGGAGAGGAUCUUCUAUUUGGUAUGGAUGCGUUUUAAGAGGUGAUGUAAACAGCAUUAGCGUUGGAUCUCGAACUAAUAUACAAGACAACUCCCUUGUGCAUGUUGCUAAGUCUAAUGUAAGUGGGAAGGUCUUACCAACCAUCAUUGGGGACAAUGUUACUGUUGGUCAUAGUGCUGUCUUACAUGGUUGCACUGUUGAGGAUGAAGCAUUUGUUGGUAUGGGAGCGACAUUGCUUGAUGGUGUUGUUGUUGAGAAACAUGCUAUGGUUGCUGCUGGAGCUCUUGUGAGACAGGAUACGAGGAUCCCUACUGGAGAGGUAUGGGGAGGCAACCCAGCAAAGUUCCUGAGGAAGCUUACUAACGAAGAGAUAAAAUUUAUUUCCAAGUCGGCUACCAAUUAUGUCAACCUUGCGCAAAUUCAUGCAGCUGAGAAUGCCAAGUCCUUUGAGGAGAUUGAAUUUGAAAAGUCUCUUCGUAAGAAGUUUGCUCAUAGAGAUGAAGAGUAUGACUCAAUGCUGGGUGUAGUGCGUGAAACUCCCCCAGAACUAAUUCUUCCAGAUAAUAUCUUACCAAAUAAAGAAGCAAAGGCUUCUCAAAAGUGAUAAUUUCACAAGGUAUUUUUCCUUUUUUUUUGUUUGGUUCAAAUCUUGAGAUUUGACAUCAAGGAUUAUUUGUUGUUAUAUGCAAAUACAAGAAAUGACUUUGUUUCCCAAUAAUACCAGACAUGCUCUAGGUUAGAAUUGUUACAUCUUCUUAACAUUCAAUCUCAGCACAUCCAGUGGUUGGUCGUGGAUUAAUUUCCUUCACUGGAUAUAGACUAAUGCUAUGAAUUGGCAUGUUUGUUGAUGUUUAAUAUCCCCGUACCUAAGAUUGCA